UUGUUGUUAGAGAGCAAUGGCGGCGCACCGGGGAUCAUCGAGUAAAUGGUUUUUCUCCCGGGAGCAGCUGGAGGCGACGCCGUCGCGCCGGUCCGGAGUGGAGCCUGACAGAGAGCUCUCCUACCGGCAACAAGCUGCAAACCUCAUCCAGGAUAUGGGACAGAGGCUCAAUGUCUCCCAACUGACGAUAAAUACCGCGAUUGUUUACAUGCACAGGUUUUAUAUGUACCACUCAUUCACCAAGUUCCACAGAAAUAUCAUCUCUCCCACAACGUUAUUCUUGGCGGCAAAAGUCGAGGAGCAGCCACGAAAACUUGAACACGUCAUUAAAGUGGCGCACGCCUGUUUAAACCCUCAAGAGCCUCCAUUAGAUACAAAGAGUAAUGCGUACCUCCAGCAAGCUCAAGAGCUGGUGAUACUUGAAACCAUAGUGCUGCAGACUUUAGGGUUUGAAAUAACUAUUGAGCAUCCUCAUACUGAUGUUGUGAAAUGUUCCCAACUAGUGCGAGCAAGCAAGGAUCUGGCACAGACUUCCUAUUUCAUGGCUACCAACAGCCUCCAUCUCACCACGUUCUGCCUGCAGUACAGGCCCACGGUCAUUGCUUGUGUGUGUAUUCAUCUAGCCUGCAAGUGGUCUAACUGGGAGAUCCCUGUGUCUACUGAUGGUAAACACUGGUGGGAGUAUGUGGACAGUUCAGUCACGCUUGUGCUACUAGAUGAAUUAACACACGAGUUUCUUCAGAUUUUGGAGAAGACUCCCAGUAAGUUAAAGAGGAUCCGAAACUGGAGGGUAAUUAAUUCUGCAACACAAGCUGCUAAGAAACCUAAAACGGAUGGACCAUCCUCGGACGGCAGCGCUUUUCCCGGCCCCUCAUUAGCCCAGGACCAAUCGAUGGUAGAUGUCAUUUCCGGAGUUUCUGCAAACGCAACCUUUUCCAAACCUUCUACGUCGUUUUCCCUUUCCCUGCCUGGCAGCAGCCUUCCAUUGGACCACAUUGGCAGCGCUGUGCAAGGCACCUCGUAUGCCUUCACAGCUCCCACUGACUGGCCUCAAGACCAAGUCCGGUCAGACUCGUACGUUCUCAAACAGCUUCCUCUGCACACGCACCAGCCUGACAAAAGCGCAGAGUUUUCCACCAUCAAGCAUGAACACAAGGCCAACAAACACCAAUCUUCUGUGUUCCCGCCUCCGCCCGCGUCUCAGCCGCAGAAAAUGUCGCUGGAGAAGUACAAGGAGAAGCACGCGGCUGAACUCGCGGCACAGAAACGCAGGCAAGAGCAGCCGAGCGCAGAAUCCGAGGCCAGAGAUUCUUUUGGGAGCUCCAGCCAGGUUGAGCACCGAAAGCCACAACAGCUUUAUGCUCACGGGCAGCAGGGCUCGAGUGGCGGCAGCAGCAUGUCUACCAGCUCGCCGCUAAAGAUGAAACUGCCCUUAACAGGCCAGGAAAAAGGCCAAGGGGACAGACGGGAGAAGGGGAGCUCACUAAAGCUCCGCCUUCCAGUCCAAGUUGAGAAAAGUGGAGUAAGUAAGGAGGAGCUGAAGAUGAAGAUCAAGGUUUCCUCAGAGCGCCACAGCUCUUCAGAUGAAGGAGCAAGCAAAAGCAAGCAUUCCAGUCCACUGGUGAGCAAGGAAAAGCACCGACACCACCAUAAACACAGUCAUUCAAACCCCCACGCACACUCGCACAGCAGCAGUGGCUCCACCCUCAGGAGCCCCAUGACCCUCGGCGGUGAGGCAACUGGCACUGCCCAGGGCUCAAGCUCUUCACGGAAGAGGACACACGCCGAUGGCAGCCAUAAUCACCACUCAAAAAAGAGCAAAAGCGCCAAGCCAGCCACAGCAGGUGGGCUUCGACCAUCUCAACACGCUGGUGAAAGUGGGCAAGGAGUCGGCGGAGGGCCAUGGUCCUGAGGGCACAAACGGCUCACGGACACACUACAAGGACUCGUUCAGCAUGCUCGAAUCGCUGUUAAGUGCCCACGGAAUGAACUUGUGGGCCUGUAGAGAAGGAAAUCAAGGUUCCUCCUUGAGCAAAAAUAUAUAAAUAAGAGCAAGGUUAAGAGUAAAAAAAAAUAUAUAUAUACUUCCUAAUCUUGUGACUUUCUUCGCAGUUCGGUUGCGUCCUGCCUUUUUCCGUAUGUGUAAUUGCUGCUUUGUGUUCCAUAUUUCCAAAUGGGUGGGUGUGUGAUGUUAUGGGGCCAUCUUGGUGCAAAUAAGUUUCUCCACAGGAUAAAAUUAAGAAUGCUGUAAAGCAAGAAGGGUGCAAUUUUUCUCCCCACUUUAUAAUUUAAAUAUUAACUGUAAGACACUGAAGAAAUCCUGCCCCCCUCAUGACCUGACAUACAUCCCUGAGUUUGUUUGGAUGUGAUCAUUAGUGAGGCGUUUAAGUUUUUUUUUUUAAAGAAGCGUAAACACGCUACCUUUUUGGGUUUUGUUUUGGGGUCUUUUUUUUUUUUUUUUUCCUUUUUAAUACGUUGGAAAUAUGAUGCGCAUGUUUUAGCCAUCAGUGAUUAAGUAGAGCGCUGUUUACAGAGAGUGGAGAUAAAUGUACAUACGUUUUUGUAUGUUUAAAAAAAAAGCUAUACUAUAAAUACUCAGGUUUGGCGCUGCUCGUGUUACUAUAUCUCGGACACGUUUGUGAAUUGCUAUAGGAAUCGGACCUCACUGAUUCUAACUGCAGCAGUUCGGUGACAUGAGAGCCUGUAUUGUGCACGGGCUACCAGAAGAGGGCACAGUCCAACACCAUGUUAGGAAAUCCACCAAUCACCUGACAUGUUGUCUGAGGCCGUGCAGGUUGUAAUUAAUACUAAUUAUUUUUUUGUGACCUCCAACAUGAACUUAAGCUGGAUGCCAAAGGCUGUGCCUCAGAAGAGAGAGAGAGACAGAGAGAAAUAAAUAUCAAAUAAGGACGAAUACUAUGAAGUUUACAUAACCUUUGCUGUGAAGUGCAUUUAAAUUUUUCUUGGCUUGAUUCUGUAGCCGACUUGUAUAAAGCUGUAAAUCAAUAACAUGUUUGAAUAAUUAAUAUUGCAUAAGAGGUUACGAGGCCUGUUCUAUCAGUGUUCAGUCUGUUUCUUUCUUAGAUUAUUAUUAUUAUUAUUAUUUGUACAUGCAUUCAGAUUUUUCUGUGUGCAGCAAGCAAUUCGUGAGGCAUUUUACUUUAAAUACAGAAGUUUGAGCAAGGCAAGUGCAAAUCUUCACAUCUAGACUAUUUUUUUUUGUUUUGUUCCCCUCUUCAUUUCAUCUAGAUUCUAACAAUAAAUCACAUGGUUUCCACGACUUCAACCUCAGCCUCUGU